AUGAUCUACGACAUCGGCCAUGACCUUGGAACGUUGGAGGACUACAAGAUCACCCAGACCUCAACAAAAAUUCGUGUAUUUCUGGACGGUCUACCACCACUUCCAAUGGAGACCGUUGUAGAAUUUGAAGCUGGAGAAGAGACACUGGUCACCCUGGAAUAUGAAGGCCUGAAGAGAUACUGCUCAAAUUGCAACUCUCUGAUUCACAGCUCUAGAUACUGCUCCCAGAUCCAAACAGAGAACACACAACACAAGCGCAUCGAAGCUUCAUCAAGAGAGGAAAAAAAAGGAGCCAGGCAAUACUCACCAUAUGAAAGGAGUCAGACCUACACGAGAAAGCCGCCGGGCCCCCACUCCCCCCCUCCCCCACCAACGAGUCCAAAACCACGCCACUGGAAGAGACUCCUUCUUCAGAGAGAGAGAGUGGACAGACAUGGAAGACCUUUUGGAGAAAGAGUCCCUAUAAAGCUGAUACAGACAAAACCAUUGAGAAACAAGAUUACUCCGGAAUACAGCAGCCAGAACCACAACACAGAAAGAAACUCAUCUGUCAACAAAACUGCACAAUGA